GCCAAUAAAAGGCGGCCUAAACACGCCCAUCACCGCCACCGAUCGGCUGGAGACCCGCCUCCAGCAGAUUCAUCCUUCAUGCGGGCGAAACAAAUACAAAUACAAUAACCGGACUGCUUUCCUGGAAAUCGGCGCUUGGAAUGUACGAACCCUGAUGGACAACGCAAGAGAAAAUAGACCGGAGCGCAGGACUGCCCUCCUCGCCCUUGAGAUUCAGAAGCUCGGCCUGGACAUUGUUGCCCUCUCCGAGACCCGUCUCCCUGGUGCCGGGCAGAUCGAGGAGCCUCGGCACGGGUACACCUUCUUCUGGAGCGGACGAGCUGUGGAGGAGAGAAGAAUUCACAGUGUAGGGUUCUGCAUUAAGUCACAUCUGGUUAGGGAUCACAACAUCAUCCCCGUAAGAACUUCUGAGAGACUCAUGUCCAUCACUCUACCACUAUGUCAAUCCCAAUCCCUUGUGAUCAUCAGUGCCUAUGCACCUACCCUGGAUGCCUCGGAGGAGGCGAAGGAGUCCUUCUAUGCCGCGCUGCGUGGCCUGAUCCUCCGCGUCAACCCCCGGGAUAAGCUCUUGGUUCUGGGGGAUUUCAAUGCGCGGGUGGGCCGGGACCAUCAGCUUUGGGGAGGGAUUCUGGGGAAGGAAGGCGUUGGCAACUGCAACGAAAAUGGAGAACUACUCCUUGGUCUCUGCGCAGAGACGGAAAUGGUAAUAACCAACACACUGUUUCGGAUGGCCAACAAGCACAAGACCACUUGGCAGCAUCCAAGAUCCGGCCACUGGCACCGAAUCCAGACGGCUUCCUCGAUCCUGUCCUCCAGCUCCCUGUGCAACACUGACGGAGCUGCCGACGCUCCGGGAGAUCUCCAGAGCGCCCACACAGCUUUUGGACGCCUUGGUCGUCGGGUCUUCAGGAAUCACGCCAUUUCCACCAACACGAAGAUCAUGGUGUAUAAGUCUGUUGUCCUCCCGACCCUUCUCUAUGGCGCCGAAUGUUGGACCCUCUAUCGGAGCAGCAUCAAGAGGCUCGAGAGGUUCCACCAAGGACGACUCCGAUCUCUCCUCAACGUUUCCUGGGAGGAGAGAUUGACUAAUAAUGAGAUCCUCACCCGGGCUGGCCUCACAAGUAUCGAGGCCAUGAUCACGUUGGCCCAACUGCGGUGGGCCGGCCACGUGCAGCGGAUGAGCGACAAUCGUCUCCCGAAGCAGCUCCUCUACGCGGAGUUGCUGGAGGGCACCCGUCCCCGCGGAGCCCCGAAAAGACGAUUCAAAGACCAGCUAAAGGGUCAUCUUCAGCGGUGCCGGAUUCCCCCGGCACAGUGGGCUGACCUGGCCGCGGAUCGGGUGGCCUGGCGUGGGGCUGUGCGGGGCGGGGUCCGGGUCUUCGAGACUCGACGCGUCGCUGCGGAGGAGGACCGGCGAGCGCGGAGGAAGGAGAGGGCCCUGCAACCGCCCGGCCCCCCAAACCACUUCUGUCAAUCCUGCGGGCGGGGUUUUCGGGGAAGACUGGGCCUCCACAGUCAUCGGAGACACAAGCACCAGGAGCCGUCGCCCUGUCCUGGGGGCCGCAUUCCUCGAUAAUGAGGGCCUUCACCGACCAAUAUAUUUUAGCAAUCAUCAUGGAUGUUGCCAUGUUUGAUUUGCUUUCACGGGCCACAUAAAAUAAUGUGGCAGGUCAGAUCUGGGCCCUUGACUUUGACACCUAUGCUGUAUAGCCCCUUCCUCAACUGGCGGACCGCGAUCCACGACCGGACCGCCGACCUCCUCUGUCCGGUCCGCCGACCUCCUCUGUCCGGGCCUCCUCUGUCCGGACCCUCGGCAAAUUAUAUAAAAUAAUAAAUUAUAAAGUGAUUUUUACGUUAUACAUUUUCUAUUUUUGGACUAUAAUCUGCGCAUUACCGCGAUCGCUUGUUAAAAUUAUCCGUUGUAUUAUUUGCGUGCACGAACAGAUGUAUU